UGUCAUUACUCAGACGGAGGUGAAGUUAGCGGUAAAUUAGAUGUUUUACAGAAUAGCCACUUUUAUGUUGACAGACGGGCAGCCGCAGGGCGGGCCAGGAUUAGUCAAAGGAUUAUUUAUUUUGAGCUGUAACAUUAGGUGCUGUAUUAUGCCACGUCAAGGUCAGAGCUGAGAUUGAGCGCUCUGGAAAGCACGGAAGAAGGCUCAGCCUGUCGGUGGCCACAUGAUCCGGCUCGGAGAAAACAGAGCCCGCUCACAGAGGGCAGCUCCGGGGCUCUGCCAGUGGCAUUGCAGCUGCUUGCCAUUUGGUGUUCAGCACUGGGCGCUCCUCUGGCAGUGACUGGGGGUGACACGGGGGCUCCCGCUGGCUGUAUCGACAGCCAAUUGUUGCAUACCUCAUGGAUUAGUGGCCCUGUCGACGCACUGCCGUUGGCUUCUUAAAAUAGAGACGGAGGGACACUCAAGGAAGUAAAAACGCAUCCAACCGUGGCAGGAGCCUCAUAGUUUCAGAGGAGCGAUCAGGAGUCACCCCCCUAAAGGUACACCCUGGACAGAGACUCACAUCGGGCUAGAGAGAACUGCACAGGCCAGGCAUGGCGUUGACCAGUUCUGAAGACAUGCCGCGGCAAUUCCCCAAGAUUUCUCUGAGUGAGGUAGAUGAGGAGGUACGGCUCUUAGCCGAGAAGGUGUAUGCCUCAGCGCUGAAGGAGGAGGACACCAAGGAUGCCCUGUCCAUGUUCUCAGUCCCUGAAGACUGCCCCAUCGGCCUACAGCAAGCCAAGGACUACGAGCUGUUGAAGGAAAUUGCUGAGCAGCAAUCAGAAGAGAGCGCCAAAAGGAAGAAGAGUUUCAAGUUGAUCCGGUCACAGUCAAUGUCCCUUCAGAUCCCAGUCAGUACAGACUGGACCUUUUCCAUGGUAUCUCCUCUGCUUUCUCCUGCCUCGACGUGCCCUUCUCUUCCUGACAACAUCCCAGAAUUCCAGAGGGUUACCAUCAGUGGCGAUUACUGUGCUGGCAUCACGGUUGAGGACUACGAGCAGGCAGCCAAGAGCUUGCUGAAGGCCCUAUUCAUUCGGGAGAAAUACGCAAAGCUUGCCUAUCACCAGUUUCCCAGGACCACCACUCAGUUCCUCCGAAGUGCUGAAAAUGAGAAGUGGAGAGAAGAAGAUGAAGUCCUACCAGACAUCUGCCCUUGCCCUGAGGAGGGGGAGGACCCGUACAGCAUGGUGGACAUCCCAGAGAAUUUAAAUUACGAGCUGAAGAUGAAAGAUGGCAUCAUCAAUGUUUACGACAGUGCUGAGACCCUGAAGUUGCAGCGGGCCCACAGCCUCCCCUAUCCUGACCUGGAGACCUUCGCCAUUGACCUCAGCCAUGUCCUGGCCAUGAUCGCUGAUGGACCCACGAAGACAUACUGCCACAGACGCCUUAACUUCCUGGCAUCCAAGUUCUACUUGCAUGAGAUGCUGAAUGAGAUGGCGGAGCUCAAAGAGCUGAAGGGGGUCCCUCACCGAGACUUCUAUAAUGUCAGGAAGGUUGACACACACAUCCAUGCAGCAGCCUGCAUGAACCAGAAGCAUCUGCUGCAGUUCAUCCAGAAUACCUACAAGAUGGAGGCAGACCGAGUGGUACAGCAAAAGGGGGGGAAGAAGAUGACCCUCAAGGAGGUCUUUGAUAAUCUGAACAUGGACCCUUAUGAUCUCACUGUGGACUCCUUGGAUGUGCAUGCUGGCAGACAGACAUUUCAUCGGUUUGAUAAGUUCAAUUCCAAAUAUAACCCAGUGGGGGCCAGUGAACUCAGAGAGAUCUACUUGAAAACUGACAAUCACAUCCAAGGGGAGUACUUUGCACGUCUUAUUAAGGAAGUGGCUCACGACUUGCAGGAGAGUAAAUACCAGUACGCAGAACCACGGCUUUCCAUCUACGGCCGGGCCCCGGAGGAGUGGGAGAACCUGUCCAAGUGGUUCAUUCAGCACCGGGUGCAUUCACCCAGCAUGAAGUGGGUUAUCCAGGUGCCCAGGAUUUAUGAUAUUUUCAAGUCCCGAAAGUUAAUAUCUAACUUUGCAAAGAUGCUGGAAAAUGUCUUCCUCCCUCUUUUUGAAGCCACCAUUAACCCUCAAAAGCACAAAGAGCUGCAUGUCUUCUUGAAAUAUGUGACAGGUUUUGACAGUGUAGAUGACGAGUCCAAGCACAGUGACCACAUGUUCUCCUACAAAAGCCCCAAACCCGAAGAGUGGACCACAGACAGCAACCCACCUUAUAGUUACUACCUCUUCUACAUGUACGCCAACAUCAUGGUGCUCAACAACCUCCGGAAGGAGCGAGGCCUCAACACCUUCCAGUUCCGUCCGCACUGCGGUGAGGCCGGCUCCAUCACUCACCUGGUCUCGGCCUUCCUGACCUCUGAUAACAUAUCCCACGGCCUCAACCUGAAGAAGAGCCCCGUGCUGCAGUAUCUGUACUACCUGGCCCAGGUGCCUAUUGCCAUGUCCCCGCUCAGCAACAACAGCCUUUUCCUGGAGUACUCCAAGAACCCGCUGAGGGAGUUCCUGCACAAGGGGCUGUGCGUGUCCCUGUCUACUGAUGACCCCAUGCAGUUCCACUACACCAAGGAGGCGCUGAUGGAGGAAUAUGCCAUAGCAGCGCAACUGUGGAAGCUCAGCACAUGUGACGUCUGCGAGAUCGCCAGGAACAGCGUGCUGCAGAGCGGCCUCUCGCACCAGGAGAAGAAGCACUUCCUGGGAGUGAACUACCUGAAGAACGGGCCAGAGGGGAACGAUAUCCGGCGGACCAACGUGGCACAAAUCCGCAUGGCCUACAGGCACGAGACCCUGUGCAAUGAGCUCAGCUUCCUGGUAGAUGCCGUCAAAUCGGCGGCGAUUGUCGCACAGUCACAGUAACUACAGCUUGUCACAAGCAGACUGCUGCCUUGUGUGAUGAGGCCAGAUUAUUCAGUAGUUGCUCACAUCCGCUUUGAUUGCCGUGCUAAGCCAAAUAGACAGAAAUGCAGCCUCUGCUUGAACAUUAGAAAUGCAACUAAAUGCACAAAUGCAUGCACACUGUAUAUUGUACAUAUAAGGCAUCAUGAUGGUCAUUUAUUUUCAACUCUUUGAUUAAACAUUUUAUCCAUUUUUGUACAAUAUCAUCCUUAAAAAGGGGAUGUGGGCUUUAUCCAGUUAAUCAUCAGUGCAAGCAGACUGAAACUCUCACUUUGACUGUGUGAGGAAAUACCUCACCAGGGCGACAAGCCAACUGCACAGGCCAGCCUACUGUAGUCCUACAGGAGAGAGUAUGAUAAUACUGUGCUGUAGGUCUCCAGUUUAAAACCACUCUGAAGAGGAAUUUUACUUCUGAGGAAAAAGGUGCAGCACUGUGCAUUUCCUCCUUACAGAUUUUAUAAUGCUUGCUAAACAUUGCCUUUCUUUAUUCUGCUACAUGAGCUUCUCUGUGAAUGGAUCGCUACAUUCAUUAGAUGCAUUAAACGGCACACUGUGGCAACAUCUGAUCAAUAAAUGGCCACCUGCAUUUGCAUUGACACUCUAUACUACAGCUCACAAAUUUGGGAUUACUUAGAAAUUUCCUUGUUUUCCAUGAAAACAUACGUGAUGUGAGUUUGAACAGGAAAUACUGCUGAAUAAAUAGAAAAUAGUCAUUGACAAAGUUAGAAAUAAUAACUUUUAAGUUAAAAUAAUUGUGUUCUUCAAAUUUUGCUUUCGUUAGAGUCCUCCAUUUGCUGCAAUUACUGCCUUGUACACUUUGGGCAGUUUGUUGAGGUAAUCUGACGAGAUUUCACCCCAUGCUUCCUGAAGCAUCUCCCACAAGUUGGAAUGGUUGAAUGGGCACUUCUUACGUACCAUUCGGUCAAGCUGCUCCAAUAACAGAUCAGUUGAAUUGAGAUCUGGUGACUGCUGGCCACUCCAUUAUACACAGAAUAUCAGCCGAAUGCCUCUUCCCUAAAUAGUUAGGGAACUUACAAAGUUUGGAGCUGUGUUUGGGUCAUUGUCCUGUUGUAGGAUGAAAUUAAGCACCAUCCACAGGGUAUGGCAUGAUGUUGCAGCCUUCCUUCUCCAAGAUCCCUUACACCCUGUACAAAGCAGCCCCAGACCAUCACAUUGCCUCCUCCAUGCUUGACAGACGUCGUUAAGCACUCCUCCAGCGUCUUUUCAUUUGAUCUGCAUCUUACAAACAUUCUUCUUUGUGAUCCGGACACCUCAAACUUAGAUUCAUCUAUAUUUAUAGCACUUUUUUCCCAAUCUUCUUCAGUCCACUGUCCGUGUGCAUUUGGCCAUCGCAGUCUUUUUUUAUUGCCCAUUCUGAGAUUCUGCGGCUUUUUCUUUGCAAUUCUGCCUAGAAGGCCAGCAUGCCGGAGUUGCCUCUUCACUGUUGAUGAUGAGACUGGUCUUUUGCGGAUACUAUCUAAUGAAGCUGCCAGUUGCCUAUGAGGCGUCUGUUUCUCAAGCUACACACUCUAAUAUAUUUAUCCUCUCCUUCAGAUGUGCACCAGGGCCUCUCUCUCCUCUUCCUAUUGUAGUAAUAGCCGGUUUGCGCUUCUCUCUGAAGGGAGCAGUACACAGCAUUGUACGAGAUCUUCAAUUUCCUGGCUUGGAAUAGCCUUCGUUUCCCAGAACAAUAGACUGAUGAGUUUCAGAAGAAAGUUCUUUGUUUCUGACCAUUUUGAGCUUGUAAUCAAACCCACAAUUGCUGAUGAUACUCAACUAGUCCAAAGAAAGCCAGUUUGUUUGCUUCUUUAAUCAGCACAACAAUUUUCAUAUGUGGUAGAAGGGUUUUCUAAUCAUCAAUUAACCAUUAAAAAUGAUGAACUUGCAUAGCAAACACAACAUUCCACUGGAACACUGGACUAAUUGUUGCUGAUAAUGAGCCCCUGUAGAUAUUCCAUUAAAAAACAGCCAUUUCCAGCUAUGAUAGUCAUUUACAACAUUAACAAUAUUUACACAGUAUUUCUGAUCAAUCUGAUGUUAUUUUAAUGGCCGAAAAAUGUGAUUUUUUUCAAAAGUAAGGAAAUUUCUAAGUGACCCCAAAAUUUUGAACAGCUCUGUACAUACACUGGACUGCACUGCUUCUCGUCAUUGCUGGCUGAGGUAAAGAGAUUGUUCCUGAGCACAGCAUUUAGCCUUUCCUUGUGCUACAAGCUGCAUUUUAACUACACUGAUCUCAUUAUUUGGCAUUCUUAUGCAUUUUUAUAUAUGGACACAUUCGUAAGUGUUGCUGCCAAUGGGUGUAGCAAUGUAAAUACUUUUAUUUAUUGUGAGAUGUAACAGGGUUAGAAACCACCUCGUGACACACUUCCCAUUGUUCAUAACUUUAUGCCAACUAAACUUCAUUGAGUUUGUCAAGCAAGUAGUUUUAGUGUCGCUUUAGGUAGAAAAGACAUUUUAAAACUGAAGUUCUUUUAAGUAUGAAAUGGGAUGAACAGAAACAGCAGGAAAACAGAUUUGUAAAUGCUGUUUGCACAUAGAUAAAUUAAACAUCUGUUAUAUUUAUACACAAGACAAAUACUGUGAAGAUGGGUUUGAACAUUUUAUCAUGUACUCAGAAAAGUAUUUGACUUUUGUAUGAUCUAAAGAAAAUGCAGAUUCAAAUAUUUGCAAAUGCAAGUGUACCUAUAUCUAGGAAUUAAAAAAUAGCAUAUUGCUAAA